ACGACGCCCAUCAACGGUCGACCGUCCCGCCCGUACAACAUCCCACAGCCCUCGAUGAUCAUCAGCCAUUAUCAAAAACCAGUCAGCCCUCUGAUGCGACCUUUCAUGCCCAAAAGUAAGCUUCCCGUGAAAGCCAUAGCUCCAAUCCUACUUCUCGGAGAGCCAACGGAGAUCAAACCAUUCCGCAAAGCACCUCCACCGCCACCGCUAUCCCAACUACAAUCGAUGGCGCCUCAACCAAUCGAAAUGAUGCUGGUGAAGCCAAUGAAAACUGUACCCUACAUGGUCCCCGAUGUAUCGCCCCAUCUGACCAUGGGUCUCAAGAAAAUCGAACCAGCGCCGAUCACUCUACCGAUCCGUCUUACCAAGCGGCCAAUCAUGAAGGAACCACCCCAAAACGUGAAACCCAUCUUCAAAGCCCCCUACGAUGUUCACGAGAACAAAACCCCGAUAGACCCUCAAUCGAGCACCGGAUUCGAACCCAGCUCUGUAGUGGUGGAAAGCGGUUUCAAGCCAAUCUACCGCCGGAAUGGUAUGAUGAAUGCCGAGUACGACGAUCUACUGCGCCAUCACGGCGAUAUGAUCCAACGGCGGCAGGACUACGACAUUGACGAAGCCAUCGAAAGCGACGCACUGAUGAUCGGCAGCGGUGAGCCACAAAGGCAGGCUUUUGAACCCAUGUUCAUCCCGUCGCCCUUGGAUAGUAUGGCUUUGGCUCAGAAAUCGGCAGAAGUUGAAGAACGCAAAGCCGCCAUGGAACGGUUGACAGGGGACCUGAAGGAAAUGAACGUUGAGGAGGGUGAGGACAAAAUGGCAAUGCCCGACGAUCGAGUUGACUCGUAUUACCUCCCACCGGCGACGCAAAAUGUAGUAAAGGUUUAUCCGGAGGGAUCUGUCGUGUCGUACGACGGAAAGGCUGUACUCGAUGUAUCGCUGUUGAACUCGCCAAGCAACGUUCGACAGGAAGCCAUAAAAUCUGUCUCGAAAACUGAGCAAUUCAUCAGAGAUAAUCCUCAAUUCGGGCCGUUCCGUGGAGAAAUUCCUCCUAUUUCUGAUUACGUCGCACCAGACUCACAUCCAAUCUACGGAGUUCGUGGACCCAAUUCUGUGCAGUCGCCUGUUUCAGAGUACGCCAACCCCCUGGUCCCCGGAGGCAUCAAUGCGCACGACAACAAAGAUCUCAGCGUGAAACCAAUUUCCACGAAACUGUCAAUCAUCAAGCCAGUUGAAGAACAGCCGGAAGAGUCCCGAAAGAAGCGUGAAGCACAUCACCAUCCAGACCACCACGGAGAUAGCCACGAUGAUGGCUGGGAAGAGCAACGCAAAGGUGUCAGUAGUGCGUCAACCGCGGUGAUGGCCACCUUGUUUUCUGUAUUUGCACCUUUAGUAUUAUUCCGGAGAGCAGCGUGAAAUCCCCCCUUGGUAGCUCUCAGUGUUUCCCUCCUGAACACUAUGAUUUGGAUUAAGUAUUGUUAGUUAAGUUUUAUUUAAAAAAAACACACGCACACCGGUGUAAAAGUGAGCUACAAAAUUGUGCUAGAAAUUUUACAAACAAACUGUAAAUAUCAGUAAAUAUGCCGUUUGAUGGCGUUCCACUUA